UUGGCUCUCUCUCCGCUCUUGUGCUCAGCCCUCACACCGGUCCAUCCUUCUCACAGCAGAGUGCGUGCGCCAAACGUGUGUGUGCAUCUGGCAGCUUUGGAACCGGACUCAGCUUCCCACGUUUCUCUGAAGAGGAAAAAUAUGGAGAAAAAGAGCGAGAUCAACGGGCAUGCCAUGCCCAGCUCGGCCUCUACCGACCGGAUCCUGGAGAAGAGGGCGCAGAGGAGCUUCAGGGAGAAGCUGGUGGAGUUUCUGAGAAAGAACCUGCUGGUGAUCAUGACGGUGUCCGGGGUGCUGGUGGGCGUCGGGCUCGGGAUGAUGGUCCGCAACAUGAACCUGACCAAGGCGCAGAUGACCUACUUCGCCUUCCCCGGAGAGAUGCUCCUCCGGAUGCUGAAGAUGAUCAUCCUGCCCUUGGUCGUCUGCAGCCUCAUAUCCGGCGCCGCCAGCCUGGACACCCGCUCCCUGGGCAAGUUGGGGGGCAUCGCAGUCGCCUACUUUCUUGUGACCACGCUGAUCGCCUCGGGGAUCGGGGUGGCCCUGGCCUUCAUCAUCAAACCCGGCGUGGGCGCAGGAGCCCUGAACACCAACAGCCUGGGACUGGAGAGCGUCAGCAGCAACAAGGAGACCACUGACUCGUUUUUAGACCUGGCCAGGAAUUUAUUCCCAGCGAACUUGGUAGCUGCUGCUUUCCGUUCUUAUGCCACUGGCUACAAGAUGGUUGCUGUAGGGAAUGACACCAAUGGGACCACCCUCUAUCAAAAGGUGCCUGUUGGUACAGAAACAGAUGGCAUGAACAUCCUGGGUCUGGUGUUAUUUGCCAUGGUGUUUGGCGUGGCACUGAGGAAGCUGGGAGAUGAGGGGGAGGAACUAAUUCGUUUCUUCAAUGCUUUCAACGAGGCCACCAUGGUGCUGGUGUCUUGGAUCAUGUGGUAUGUCCCUUUUGGCAUCAUGUUCCUUGUCGGAAGUAAGAUUGUAGAGAUGGAGGAUGUGAUUCUUCUGGUUACUAGUCUGGGAAAGUACAUCUUUGCUUCAAUCCUGGGCCACAUUAUCCACGGAGGCAUCGUCCUGCCCCUCAUCUACUUCGCCUUCACGCGCAAGAACCCCUUCAGUUUCCUGGCAGGCCUUAUCACGCCUUUCACCACUGCCUUCGCCACCUGCUCCAGUUCAGCAACUCUUCCGUCUAUGAUAAAAUGUGUGGAGGAGAACAACGGCGUGGACAAACGCAUCAGCCGCUUCAUCCUUCCCAUCGGGGCCACUGUUAACAUGGAUGGGGCGGCCAUAUUCCAGUGCAUCGCCGCUGUCUUCAUCGCUCAGCUCAACAAUGCUGAGCUGAACGCUGGACAGAUCUUCACCAUCCUGGUGACAGCCACAGCCUCAAGUGUCGGUGCGGCAGGUAUCCCAGCAGGCGGCAUCAUUACCAUAGCAAUCAUCCUGGAAGCCAUCGGCCUGCCGACCAACGACCUGUCCCUCAUGCUGGCUGUUGACUGGAUUGUGGAUCGUACCACCACAGUGGUGAAUGUGGAGGGCGACGCUCUGGGAGCUGGAAUCCUCCACCACAUCAACCAGCGGGAGAUGAAGAAGCAGCAGGAGCAGCAGCAGCAGGAAGGGGAACUGGCCGAAGUCCGAGUGGAGGCGGUGGCCAAUGUCCACGCGGAGGAGGAGACCUCGCCGCUCGUCACGCACCAAACCAAAGCCUUAGAUGCCAUGCCAGAAGCUAUCGAGUCUGUCCUGUGAACUCAGCAAGACUUUUUUUCUUGCUCCCUGACCUUUGGAUACUUCUGACGUUGCUGCUGACACCAUUCUGACUUAGUGUCCAUUCAAAAAACAAGUUCACUGAUGGUUUCACUUGUGAGGAGAAGUCCCAUCCUAACCGUGCAGAGCACUGACAGUCUACAGUACACCUAGUGCUUCUGUUGUGCUUUUGUAAUUUGGUCACAUGGGCUUGUGUCUCAAUAACUGGGUUUCCAUCUAAGCAUUUUAAUCCAAAUUAGGAUAUGAUGAAUUUAACAAUUAUUGAUUUUGAAAAAAUAUUCCCUAAUCUAGCUAAAAAGUAAAAUUUUAUUAUUAUUAUUGUAUUUUCAAACAUUUUGAUUAAAGCAUUUUGCGAUAAACAGUGUUAGAAACACACUUUGUGUAAAAUGUCCUCAAAACAUUCCCAUAAAUGUCGUAGCUGUGUUUUUCUCAUGUACUGUAUGAGACGCUCACAGCCAUUGGUUUGUGCAUUGGAACAUCAUCAAGUACAUUUUGUUCUUUGAUAUCUUCAGACAGCAAAUACAAUGACCAACACUAACUAUAGAUCACUAACAACUUGCCAACUGCUGCCAUGUCAAAGUGUCUAAAUGCUUGACAGCGUCUGUCCUAACUUAAUUACACGUUUGGGAUACCUGUUCAAUCACUUCAACUCAGUUGUUGAAAAGGAUGUUUUUGCAUUUUUUUUUGUUCAGCUCAUUUGCUUUACAUUCUUAGGAAACAGCAAAUUCUGUCUUUCAAAGUCAACUCAGAUUGAAAAGGGGACUGUGUGGUCCCAGGUUUGUCAUAAGUGGUUUGUUUACAAGAUGUGCCCAGAGUUUUGUUUGCUGACCGUCUGCAGACAAUGUCAAACAUUAACCCUUGAAAUGACAGGUCAAGAAUUUGACCUAUUUUUAAACAAGUCUCAUGCAACCUUUAGCUAGUGACAAACACUAUGGUAAAGCAUUUUGAAUGUUUGAACAUUUGACGUAGUGUGUUUAUAUACAUACCAUUGUGGUAUUGUGGUGUGAGAAAACCCAUUGAUACCUGUUUUAACCCCUGACUAAUCCUAUUUAUCCCUGAGUAAACAGAACCUUGGGGUUAAUGUUCUCUAAAUCCACGAUCCUCUAACUUAAUACCAUGGGGAAAUACCUCAUAAAAAGCCAAUUGCAGGUACAUAACUUUACCUGCGUUUGUUUCCUAGAUGAUAUCAGCAUUUUCCAAGCACGUUCCUCUAAUAUUGCAGUUACCAGCGGUAACUAUAUACCAACUAUAUACCAGCGGUAUAUAGUUGCUUUACAAAUUUGCUCCUGGAGUCUGUGUACUAAUAAUGGCUACACACUGAAUACACUCAGAUUGCUAACUCUCAAAAGCUGCAUUUAUGCAUCAGCACCUUUUGGAAUUAGCGCAAAUCAGCAUGUAUUGGCAUCUUACUUACCAAUUACAAAAUGCUUUCAAACAAUACAUUAGUGCGACUUAUUCAUAAAAGUAGCAGGUAGUUUUGUUUAUACAUUACAGAGGAGUUCGGUCAGUAGCAAGUUUGUUUGGGGUGUUGUUUGCUAGCUAAAAGCAAUGCAUUUUAACAUGCAGCUAUCAGUCAGCCAACAUGUGGCUCUUAUGUCUUAGCUAUUGUUUGCUUAGCUAAUAAACCAGUUGUUUAGACUAAGUCAUGGUUAGCUGACCUGAUACUGGAGUUAGCUAGUAAUUGUAACAAAUGAAACAGAUUGUACGAAAAUAUUUAGAUAUGGUGAAAAGAUCAGCUCUUAGUCAAAAACAGAACAAAAAUGAACAUUAUAUGUUGAGACCUGUUGAGACAGCAAAUUACUAACUAGGUAAAUGCAACCUGCUAUUGUUGCUCAAAAGCUGAAGACCUCCAUAUCUAAAGGCAUCUUGACAAGCUUACGGGAUCUAAUUACAGUUAACUAAACAUUCAUUUUGCAGGUACCGUAAACACACUUGUUUGUCUGACAUCGUGAAAACACUCCAGUCUCACAUUUGUUAAAGAACAGAUAUUCAACUUAUGGUUGUCAGUAAGGUCAGUAGUUCAGGAUUAAGACAUCCAAGCAGAGACUUCACUCAAAAAUCAAACCUUCAUCAAAUGUUUACACACAAAUACUGGACCAAAAUGCACGAUGAGUUCACAUCAUACUGUAUGUCAUUAUUUUGUGAAUCCAUCCUUUGAUUUCAGAGUGUUUUUCUCAGUGGUGUUUCAGAGGCUUGCACCGUGAUGUUAGCCUGAAAGUUAUUAAUGUUUGUUAAUAUUUUUAUUUUAAUUGUUUUUAAGAACAGAGGUGAUGUGCUUGAUAGAUCAUUUUAAAGGGAACAUUGGUCAUUGCCAUUAUCAUGGCUCACUUGGUAUUUACUGUCGGGUGCUUUUCCUUGAUCUGGGGAUAAGAACUGUGAGACUAGACUUGCACCAUGCUAUAGUUGAUGUCAGUGCAGUAUGAUAUAAGGUUUGAUGUGAAGGAAACUGCCAAAUUUCUGAUGGUUUAGCAGAAAGUCGCUCUUUAGGAUGCAGGACUUGCCUGAAAGGAUGCGCCUCUGCUGCCCUCUAGUGGUGGUGACAUUAAUGUAUUAGUGUGAAAGUAGUAAACUGAGGAUGUGCACCUCUCAGAGUUUGCUUGAACCAUUUUUGUGUCUGUCUCUAACACUUGUUUUCAGCUGGCUUUGUUGAACGAUAACUGUGCUAAUAUUUCCUAUUUAUUUGAUCUAUUAUUUAACAUUCAUAGGGAACAGCUAGCGAUCAGACUGCUCCGGACCCGAGUCUUGUGUUAUGCUCUAUUUUAAAGUGAAGACGACUAAGAGAGACAGACAUAGCCUGAUGUCAUGUAAACUUAAUGUGUUAUGUUGCUGUCAUCUAAUGUCUGAGAUGCUCAUAAUGACGUGGUGGUGCUGCUUUAGUUUUGAGUCAUGGUGUGUAUGUCUCCUUUAAUGAGGAAGUAAGCUACGUUUGAAAAUUUUUUACUCAUCAUUUGAGUUUUAACAGAUGACUUUUCUAAGCUAACAACUGCUCUGUUAACCUAAAGCUGAGUUUUAUGACUAGAGUUUGUUGAGUAUGUCGGGUACAAUUACUUGCAAUUACACAUAUUGUGGUAGGCCGACAUGUACUAUAUAUAUAUAUAUUUUGUUAUUAAUUUAUUUGUAAUUGAUUUAACUUUUUGUAUUAUUUGUACUUUCUCCUAUUAGUCAAAUUUUCUAUUGUUAUGAUCCAAUUUUAAUGAUGUGUUUCUGAUAACCUCUCAUUAGAAACGUAGUCUGUUGUGAUUUUUGUUUGGGAAUAGCUGCUACCUUGCCUGUGCCAUGUGAAUGUGUAACACUGUACAUCUGUCUCUUUGCUGUUGGUCCUGCUGUCUGUCAAAAUUAAAGGUGAUACACUACAUUUUUCAUGCAACCCAGA